ACAACACGAUCUCUCUCCCUCUCUCUCUCCAGGGCUGAAAAUGGCUGACGCUGUCUCACAAGUUGUGGAGGGCGAGACUGAGGAUGAUCUCCUCACUAAGGAGAAAUCUUAUCUCUUUGAAGAGAGGUUAGAGACCGCUGGGCGGUUGCGGCAGCUGGGGAACGAACGGUUCAAGAGAGGCCGUAUGGAGGGCGCUGCGGAGGCAUACGAAAGAGCGCUGCACCAUGUGGACUUUGACGAGCUCCAGAUAAACUUCGACUUCAGCGACAAGCACAGGGAGAGCCUCACGACCGCGAAGCUUCCGGUGCUUCUCAACCUGUGUCAGUGCCUCGCCAAGCUGGGCGGGAGCGCGAGGGGGGGGGGGGGGGGGGGGGNGGGGGGGGGGGGAGGGCGCAGCGACAACGCGGGCCGCGCCGCGGAGUUCGCGGGCCAGGCGAUCGAGCUCGACGCCACGUGCGCCAAGGCGUGGUUUUGGAGAGGCAAAGCGAAGAUGGACGCCGGAGACCUGGAAGGGAGCUCCACCGAUUUGAAAGAGGCCGCAAAACUAGCACCUGGGGACAAGCCGGUCAGGUUAGCCUUGAAAAGCUUGCGCAUCAAGCAGAAAGAGGUUGAAGCCGCGCGGCGGAGUCUCUGGGGAGGCGUGUUCAAGGGAGGGGCUGCGAAGACCCCAGCCCCGGGGCAGCGGCAAGUGGAAGAGGCGGCUGCGCGGGCCAGAGGGGAGGGGCUGCAAGACCCGGGGAGGGGGGGUGGUGGUGACCGGCGAGGGGGCACCGGGGGGGACAGAUUGUUGUACGCUUCGAUCGCGGUUGGGUUGGUUGCAUUUGCUGUUGCGGGCUUCACCGCUGCCAAGUACGCGUAGUCGCUCCCCGUGUUGUAGAUGCCCUAAGGGCAAGGUUCGGAGUGCCCUUCCAUCGUACGCACGUGUAUGCCGGAAUUGGUCGUACACAUUAUUGAAGAACUGUCCAUAGUGCGGGAGCCGGGGACGAGGCCACCGUGCGAAGGUAGAGAGCAAUGAGAGAGUGUCGCUGCCAUCGCCUUGGGUUGUCGGAGGCGAAAGCUUAAACCGUACACCCAACGUGAACCAGAUUCGACUUUGGUUUGGCUGCGGCUGGAGCGAGCCUUGGAAAGGUUGCGUCGCCGCGUGGAUAAGAAGGCGCGGCCAAUGUUGUCGAAAAUCGUAGCAAAUGACGUAUUUCCCCUG